UAUAGAUGCUUCUCAUCUGAUCACAUGUCUCUCGACAGCAGUUCUCCAGAAACUUCUUUGACUGCUUUGCCUGGAGUGGAAUGCGCGAAGUUUGGCGAUCCAAGGAAUCUCCGUGAUGGAGACCAUUUGGCAGUUAGGAGUAAGGAUUCGAGUAUUUGGCACCACGGGAUUUACUGCGAUGGCAAAGUCUAUCAUGUCACCGAGGACGGCAAAUCCCAGGCUACAAUAUCUCUAGAUUAUCUAAUGAAAUUCAUUGCAGGGAAUAUAGUAACUUUCGUUUUACAAUAUCCGGAAAGCGGAUGCCUCUCACCGAAAGAGGUGAUUGCUAGAGCGAGGCAGAUAUUCACGACAAAGAAAUGGCCAGAUAACUCACUUAUUUGGGAUAACUGUGAGCACUUUGCUACUUUCUGUAAGACUGGGAAGAAAUAUUCAAUUCAAGUGUGGGACGAAGUUCAGCGCAUUAUUGCAGCAGGUGUGGUUGGUUAUAAGGUUGCUGGAUCACCAGGAAUGUCAGUAGGUUUACUGGGAGCUUCAGCCAGUCUUGGCUUUAGGGUUGCAUCUGGCAGUGAUUUACAUCCAAAUUCUGAUGGACAUGCAAAAAAGAAGAACUGAAAUGUAUGAGGUUGAUGUAUGGACUCUCUAGACUUUGAUGUCUGUACUCUUUAGAUUUUGAUGAUUGAGUGUUAUGAUGCGUAAAUGGCUUAAAAUUGUAACGUGUUGUCAGCUGGCUUUGCUAUACAGUCAAUUUGUGUUUAUGAAGAGGCAAUUGUAAAUGUUUGCGGUGAACCUUAUGGUUACAGUCAC